AUGGAAACUAUUGAUUUGAAACAAACUAGUGAUAGAGAAUCUCUAUUGGAAGAAAGAAGAAAAAAAUUGGCCAGAUGGAAACUAAAGAAGGCCCAGUUUGAUGCUCAGAAGGAGAAAGCUUUACGCAAUAACAUCGUUACUAACAGUUUAGAAGCUAAGCAACCCGUUGAAAAGUUUGCCGUAGGACAAGAACAGGUAAAAGAAAAUCUUCGAAAGAGGAAAAAUGAGCUUGAGAAACUCGACAAACGUACAUCAAUUAAACCUUCGAAAAAGUCAAAGAGAAGUAAGAGAAAGGAGAAGAUAUCCUUUGAGUUUGAUGAUAAUGAUGAGGCAGAAGCGGCAAGUGUUUUCCGAUUGAAUGAAGGCUUUCAAAAAGUACCAGAAUAUGAUGAUGAGAAGGAUCCAUUAGAUGUGUUUAUGACAUCGCUAAAAACACAGGAAAUUAGUUCUAAGACAACCUCACACAAUGUGGGAAACAUUCUUGAUGUAGAUGAUCAAAUGGUGGAGUUGGAAGGAGCCGAGGACGAAAAUAUCGGUGAUACCACGGAUAAUUUCAACAUAUCGAAAAUUGCCAAGCUAAAGGCAAAAAAACGUGUAAAGCAAAUUAAUUAUUCCCCAGAGGAGCUAGAGCGAUUCCAGAAAAACUUCUACGUCGAGUCUGAAGCAGUUUCUUCAAUGACAGAUAUAGAGGUAGAAGAGCUCAGACUGAGCCUGGAUAACAUCAAUAUAAAGGGAACGGGGUGCCCAAAACCAGUUACCAAAUGGUCACAACUGGGUUUAUCAACAGACAUCAUGACAUUGAUUACUGGCAAGUUACACUUUGACUCUUUAACACCGAUUCAGUCCCAGGCGCUUCCUGCUAUCAUGUCAGGCCGCGAUGUAAUAGGAAUAUCAAAAACUGGGUCUGGUAAAACCAUAUCCUAUCUUCUGCCAUUGCUGAGACAAGUGAAGGCUCAACGAUCAUUGUCGAAGCACGAAACAGGUCCUUUGGGCUUAAUUCUGGCUCCAACAAGAGAACUGGCAUUACAAAUACAUGAAGAAGUCACAAAAUUUACAGGAACAGAUGCAUCAAUAAGGUCUGUAUGCUGUACGGGUGGCUCUGAAAUGAAGAAGCAGAUCACUGAUCUUAAAAGAGGUGCUGAAAUUGUUGUCGCUACACCGGGUAGAUUUAUUGAUAUAUUAACUUUAAAUGACGGUAAAUUGCUGAGUACCAAGAGAAUAACGUUUGUAAUAAUGGACGAAGCAGAUAGAUUAUUCGAUCUUGGUUUUGAGCCCCAAAUCACCCAAAUUAUGAAAACCGUUCGACCAGAUAAACAAUGUGUUCUAUUCAGUGCAACUUUCCCGAACAAAUUACGCAGUUUUGCCGUGAGAGUUUUACGAUCUCCAAUAUCUAUCACGAUCAAUUCAAAGGGUCUGGUUAACGAAAAUGUGAAACAAAAGUUCAAAAUAUGUCAUUCGGACGAUGAGAAAUUUGAAAAUCUAAUACAAAUUGCUCAUGGGGGCAACAAAUUCUUUGAUGAAGGUCAGACUGAAAUUGACGGAGAGACAAGUGAUCUUGAUGAAACUGAUGCUAAAGCCAUUAUAUUUGUAUCAAGUCAACAGAUCUGUGAUUUGAUUUCCAAAAAGCUGACAAAUGCUGGGAUCGUGGCUUACGCUAUUCAUGCAGGGAAACCGUAUCAAGAAAGAUUAAUGAAUUUAGAAAAGUUCAAGAGAGAGAAAAACAGUAUUCUCCUCUGCACUGAAGUUCUUUCAAGGGGUUUGAAUGUUCCUGAGGUCUCAUUGGUUAUUAUUUAUAAUGCCGUAAAGACAUUUGCUCAAUACGUUCACACAACGGGAAGAACUGCCAGAGGUAGUCGCUCAGGUACUGCCAUAACACUUUUGCUGAAUGACGAGUUGUCAGGAGCUUACAUACUGACCAAGGCAAUGCGUGAUGAUGAGUUAAAAGCUUCCGAUCCUUUACAAGUAAAAGAACUUCAUGAAAUGAGCGACAAGUUUGAAUCUGGUAUGAAAAAAGGUAAAUUCAGAUUGUCAAAAGGGUUUGGGGGCAAAGGACUUGAGAAUAUCAAAAGCAAAAGAGAAGAGGUUCGGAAUAAAGAUUUGGAACUCAAAAAAGGUAACAUAAACAAUGAUGAACUGGGACAUAAAAGCGAUCGUACCCAAAACGAGCAUGUCAGUGAACCUGAAUCAUCUGCAUCUAUUCCCAAACUGGAGUAUGAACUUUUUAAGGAGCCUACGACGCAUGGGUCAGUCAUCUUUUACGCUAAAGUGCAUAUCAACGAUUUGCCCCAAAUUGUAAGAUGGGAAGCUACAAAGAACACAACCUUAUUAUUCAUCAAGCACGAAACAGGAUGCAGUAUAACCAACAAGGGUAAAUUUUAUCCGGAGGGGAAGGAACCAAAUAAUACUGCAGAUGAACCCAAACUAUACUUGUUGAUCGAAGGUCAAGAUGAGAAAGACAUACAACUAAGUAUCGAGCUAUUAGAACAAAAGGUGAAAGAGGGGGUAAUAAAGGCGGCAAAUCUAUCUUUAAAAAGUACGAAAUACUAA